UUUGGGUCGGCGGUCUGAGGGGCUGUUAUUGUCCUUGCGGACAUGUUUGUGCACGCAGCAGGCUCAAAUACGUAUCAGGCUGGAGAUUAUGUUUAUUGUGAAGUGUCCCCCACAGAUCCAUACCAGGUUCGCAGAAUUGAAGAACUGAAACAGAAUACUGGCAGUGUUGUAGAAGCCAAGAUGACGUGUCUGUACCGUCGUGGAGACAUCCCAUCAUCUCUAAUUGCAUCAAUAGAUACCAUAGAGCUGGAUCGAGGUGGAGCCAAAGACGCUGGGUUUGGUGGCCGAAGCUCUCAGCCACGCCACUUGGUGGACCAGCGCGAGCUGUUCCCAUCCCGCCAGGUGGAGACGCUGCCGGCAUCAUGCAUCCGCGGCCGCUGCUUCGUCACCCUGCUCACCGCCUCAGAACAGGCAGAGCAGUACCUGGACCGCGAGGACAGCUUCUUCUACACGCUGCUGUAUGACCCAGUGCAGCGCACCCUGGUAGCGGACCGCGGCGAGGUGCGGCUGGGUGAGCGCCACCAGGCGACAGUGCCGGCAGUCGGCGAGCCGGGCGCGGCGACCGGCCGUGACACGCUGCUCUGGAGCCCGCGCCACCGACUCACCGACGACCAGCUGGACCGGUUCCUGCUGCUGGCCCGGUCGGUGGGCACUUUCGCGCGCGCGCUGGACUGUCCCGGCUCAGUGUGCCAGCCGAGCCUGCACCUGGCCGCCGCCGCCGCGUCCAGGGAUGUGACUCUGCUCCACGCCAUGGACACUCUGCACCGGAGCGGGUACGACCUGGCGGCGGCGCUGGCGGCGCUGGUGCCGUCCGGCGGUGCCUCGCUGUGCCAGGACCAGCUGGAGGCCUGGUCCGCCGACGAGGCGGCCAUCUUCGAGCGGGCGCUCGGCAAGCUCGGCAAGAACUUCGCGGAGAUCAGGCGAGACUUUCUGCCUUGGAAGAGCACCGCCGAGCUGGUGGAGUACUACUACCUCUGGAAAACGACCGGCCGCUGUCUUCUGCGCCGGCGCGCCAAGGUGGCGGCGGCGGCCGCGCGCGCGCGCCUGGCGCGGGUGUGCCUCGGAGCGUUGGGUCGCCUGGGGUGCGGCGCGACUCUGCGCGCAGUGCUGGCUCUUCUGGCGACGCUACGGCGGCUUGCGACGGCGUUCGGCCUCAGGUACGGACGCAGCGCGCCGGCCGGGCUGCUGUGA